GCCAUUGAAGCUGUCAUGACAGACCUGGGCUGCAAAAAGCCCAGCGACUGCACUGUCUCAAGGCUACUGAGCGUUGUGGAGAGCGAACUCCGGGCUGGGAGAGACAAAGGCGACCCCACUGAGAAACAGCUCCAGGUCAUCUUGGAGGAUGCGACGCUCUGGCAGCGAUUCAGGGAAGUCACUAAUGAAAUGAUCGUGACCAAGAACGGCAGGCGCAUGUUUCCUGUCUUAAAGAUCAGCGUAUCAGGCUUAGACCCAAAUGCCAUGUAUUCCUUCCUGUUGGACUUCGCCCCCACUGAUGGCCACCGCUGGAAGUACGUCAAUGGAGAGUGGGUGCCAGCUGGGAAACCGGAGCCACCAAACCACAGCUGUGUCUACAUCCACCCAGAUUCUCCCAACUUUGGGGCCCAUUGGAUGAAGGCUGCCAUUUCCUUCAGCAAAGUCAAGCUUACCAACAAGCUCAAUGGCAGCGGGCAGAUAAUGUUGAACUCCCUGCAUAAAUACGAGCCUCAGGUACACAUAGUUCGUGUGGGAGGCCCUCACCGGAUGGUGAUGAACUGUUCCUUCCCUGAGACUCAGUUCAUAGCUGUGACUGCCUAUCAAAAUGAAGAGAUAACAGCUCUCAAAAUCAAGUAUAAUCCCUUUGCCAAAGCCUUCCUGGAUGCAAAGGAAAGAAACCAUCCAAAGAAUGCUCCAGAAACAGUCUCCGAAGGUCAACAUAUGACGUAUUCUCACUUGGGAGGCUGGCUGAUUUCCAACCCAGACACAGUAUGUCCGUCGGGAAGUUCUAACUAUCAGUACCCAGGCCCCUUGCCUCUGCCGGCCCCACACACUCCCCAUGGCUGUGAGCGAUACUCAACCCUCCGAGGACAUCGGGCUGCUCCGUACCCACCUUCAUACAUGCAGAGAAAUCACUCGCCUGCAGUGAAUUUGUUGGAGAGCCCCAGCAAUAACCUUCAGGUAUUCCCAGGACAUGACAGCUGGACUUUGCCAUCCUCUCCACAUGCAAAUUUGCUCUCAGUGCCUCACAGCAAAGGAGCUGCUAGCCCUGGGCCCAGCCAUUACCCAUGCCUGUGGACGGUGAGCAGCAGUGCUGUAAAUGUUGCCAACCCAGGCAAGGAGGUGAACAGCAGCCCUUCAAGCACAUUCCUAAGGGGAAAUGUCCCCUUACCCACAGCAUCUUCAUCAGUUCAAAUCCCUCUGCAGGGGACAGUGUCUGGCAGCAUGGAAACACAAGGGGAAACCGCUCUAGCCAGACUAGCUGACUCUGCAUGGACAUUCUCACACUCUUUUUAAUAGACUGAGAGCUCUGAAGUGCCAAGUCAAGCAAAACCAAUGCGAGCAGCAACAGAUGCCUUAGCCUAACAGCUCACAGAAGGGAUGUGUGUGCAGAAAG